AUGCUGGCGGCCUGCGCCCGGCCCUGCCUCCGGGAGGGCGAGCGCCCGAGGGCAGGCGGUGCAGCCACCCUGCAAGCCGGAGGGCAGACGGGCAAGCUGAUGUAUGUGAUGCACAACUCCGAAUAUCCCCUCAGCUGCUUUGCUCUCUUUGAAAAUGGUCCCUGCCUCAUAGCAGAUGCCAACUUUGAUAUCCUUAUGGUGAAGUUGAAAGGCUUCUUCCAGAAUGCCAAGGCGAACAAGAUAGAGAGCCGGGGCACCCGCUACCAGUACUGUGACUUCUUGGUGAAGGUGGGCACGGUUACAAUGGGGCCCAGUGCACGUGGGAUAUCUGUGGAGGUGGAGUACUGCCCCUGCGUGAUAGCCAACGACUGCUGGAACCUGCUCAUGGAGUUCAUGCAGAGCUUCAUGGGGAACCACACUCCCGGUAUCCCGUCCGUGUUUGGCACCAAGCACGACAGCAUCUACAGCCCAGCGGACACGAUGGUUCAGUACAUGGAGCUGUUCAACAAGAUCCGCAAGCAGCAGCAGGUGCCUGUAGCGGGGAUCAGAUGAAAGGACUCCCUGGAGCCCCAUUUAGAGCGACUGCGUCCUUGUUUCUGCCUCCCCAUCUGGAUCAGGAGUCCCUCCAAAAAGCGGCACUGGAGGCAGCCCAAGGUUUUUUAUUUUUUUCUCAAUCUCUUCCCCCCGUUUCAAAGCAAAGUUCUUGAAUGUUGUGUGUAUUUCUUAUUGUCCUCCUUCAUGUUUUUGAGCGUGUCUGGGAUCAGGCCUGUGGUUCUGAUGAUUCU